GAGCUCUUUAUUCCUAACUAUCAAAAAAUUUUCAAUUGUGCACCACAAACGACAGGAAGAAAAAAAAAAAAAGUUAGAAGUUUUUAACUAUAAACUAAUCUUUCUUCAACUGAAGUUUUAAAUCAAUCAAAGAAAGGAUAUUUAAUUAAAGAUGUCAUUACCAGCUUCAUUUGACUUAACUCCUGAAGAUGCUAAAUUAUUAUUAGCUGCUAACGUUCAUUUAGGUUCAAAGAACGUUCAAGUUCACAACAAACCAUACGUUUACAAAACCAGACCAGAUGGUGUUAACGUUAUCAACAUUGGUAAAACUUGGGAAAAAAUUGUUUUAGCCGCUAGAAUCAUUGCUGCUAUCCCAACCCCAUCUGAUGUUGCUGUUGUUUCAUCCAGAACUUUCGGUCAAAGAGCUGUUUUAAAAUUCGCUGCUCAUACUGGUGCUACUGCCAUUGCUGGUAGAUUCACUCCAGGUAACUUUACCAAUUAUAUCACUCGUUCUUUCAAAGAACCAAGAUUAGUUGUUGUUACUGAUCCAAGAACUGAUGCUCAAGCCAUCAAAGAAUCAUCUUAUGUUAACAUUCCAGUUAUUGCUUUAACUGAUAUGGAUUCUCCAUCUGAAUAUGUUGAUGUUGCUAUCCCAUGUAAUAACAAAGGUAAACACUCUAUUGGUUUAAUCUGGUGGUUAUUAGCUAGAGAAGUUUCUAGAUUAAGAGGUAUUAUUCCAGACAGAACUACUGAAUGGUCUGUUAUGCCAGAUUUAUACUUCUACAGAGAUCCAGAAGAAAUUGAACAAAAUGCUUUAGAAGAAAACAAAACUACUGAAGAAACUGAAGAAACCGAAGCUGUUGAAGCUGAAACUGAAUGGACUGGUGAAACUGAAGAAGUUGACUGGGCUGACUCUGGUGCUACCCCAGCUGUUGAAGAUGCUGCUGCUUCCAACUGGUAAUUGUAAUUUAGUACAUAAAAAAAUCUUUUUGUUAAUUUGUUCCUUUUCAAUCAGUUGUUUUUCAUGUUGUCUUUUUCAAAAUAAUCUAAUAGAAAGACUAUGAAAUGAUGCUUGAUUUAAUUUGAAUAUUUAAACAUUCCAUAUAAAAUUAUAAUAAUAAUAUAGGAAAAACUCAAACCCAAAUAUAAAAAAAAUCGAAUUAUAAAUGUCAUCUAUUGUUUCAAUUGUACUAUCUUCAUUCCGUCCAUCACAUUCAUUGAUCUAAAGGUGUUUAGGAUUCGAAUUUCCAUUUUUAUAUUGUCAUUCAUCUUCUUUAUAUAUAUAUAUACUUUUCGUUCAUUUAGGGAAUAUAAAUUUAUAAUUGUUAGUUCUUUUUAUCAACUUCUGUUCUUUUUUUUAUAAUAACCCAUAUCAUAUAUAAUUUCAAUAUAAAAUAAAUGAGUAUUCAU